AUGCAGCCUCCGCCGCAAAGCGGCGGUGAGGUGCUGAUCGAAUACUUCGAAGCUGAGGAGGAGAACGGAGUUGACCCUAAAACCUUAGUGUAUAGACAGAUCUUUGAGCGUAGCCGCUUGACUGCCGGACCUGUGAGGCCCGCGUGGUGCCGCCGCCCAUUGACCUUGACGGUCUUGGGCUGGCGCUCCGGCAGUGUGCCUGCUGCAAAACGCUCCUGUCGUGGGAUGCUUUUGCAGCUGGCUCCGCGAGAGCUGGGGGCCGUCGCUGCAUUGCGUGUGCCAAUGGGCCCAACGCACGGGCUUAUUGGCACCGCUUCGAUGCAGCCCCCGCACCACCGAAGCCAGCGUGGGCAGCGGAUGAUCGCUCUGGCCGUUGCUAUGGGCACGCCGCCUCCACCGCCUCCGUCGCCACGACGACCCUGUACAGGGCACGAGCGUCACCGCUGCUGCCGCUACCGCAUGCAGCGACGUCGUCGCUCGAAGAAGGUGGAGCUAGACAUCUAA